ACUCAUCUCCGUGGUUUGUAAUAAACUGUCUUCUUAAUGCGUUUUUUCUUUUUGCUUUCAAAAAUUAUUGCAUGCCUUUGGCCUUUUUGCGUUUUGACCUGUUCAGAAUAAUUUGGAUACAACAGUAUCACACCACUCUCAUAAAAAUCAAAGCCAAAAUCCAAACCAUUUUGUUUCUUUCUCUUAUUUUCCCUCCAACAACUCCACCCUCUCUCUCUCUCUCUCUCUCUCUCAAAAAGACUCAAUCUUUGUCUUUGUUACUGUCGCUGCCAUUACUUGUACAUUCGGUUGUUUUAAGAGUAUCUUUCGGUCUUCUCUGUUUUGUACAGAGAAGAGAAGAAAUUUUGUUAUGGCGUUCGUUGAAUCAGUUUUCAAGAAUUUCUCAGUUAUUAUUUUUGGAAUUUUGGUAUUGGAUUGCUUUGUUUUGGAGUUAGGAUCACAGGCUCAAGUCCUGCCACUAGAAGAAGUGCAAAUUCUUCGAACCAUAUCCACAAAAUUGAGAAACAACAAUUGGACCAUUACUCAAGAGUCUUGCGGUACACCAGAGUGGAAUUGGACAAUCAUCCCCCCUAACAAAAUUCAAAGUAUUGUUACAUGUAACUGUUCAUUUGAAAAUGACAAUUUUUGUCAUGUCACUAGCAUCAAACUAAAGGGUUUGAACUUGGCUGGCGUUCUACCCAAUGAACUUGGAAAUCUUACCCAUCUGGUUGAACUUGAUCUGACUCGUAACUAUAUCAAUGGAACAAUCCCAACAAGUCUUGCACGGCUCCCUAACCUUCGCAUUCUAUCCCUUUUGGCAAACCGUCUCAGUGGUUCAAUUCCUCUGGAAAUUGGCAACAUUGCUACACUGGAGGAACUGGUACUGGAAGAUAAUCUGCUUGGAGGACAUAUUCCUCCAAACCUUGGAAAUUUGAGGAGCUUGAAGAGACUUCUUCUUUCUGCAAACAAUUUCACAGGAGCGAUACCAGAUACAUUUGGCAAUUUAAAGAGCUUAACUGACUUUAGGAUAGAUGGGAAUCAAUUGUCAGGGAAGAUACCUGAAUUUAUUGGGAACUGGACUGACAUUGAUAUAUUAAAUUUGCAAGGAACAUCUAUGGAGGGUCCUAUUCCUUCUAACAUAUCACUGUUGACAAACUUAACUGAAUUGAGAAUUUCUGAUUUGAGUGGAUCAAGUUCAGAUUUCCCUGAUCUUAGACAAAUGGCAAAAUUGGAGAGAUUGAUACUGAGAAAUUGCUUAAUCACUGGUUCAAUACCACCUUACAUCGGAGAAAUGACAACCAUAAAACAAUUAGACCUUAGCUUCAAUAGGUUGACAGGUCCAAUUCCAAACACAUUCCAGAGAUUUAGUCAGAGUUCAGCAGAUCUAGAUUACAUGUUUCUAACUAAUAACUCACUGACUGGAGCCAUACCUGGUUGGAUAUUGAGCAGCAAGAAGAACUUGGAUUUAUCUUACAACAAAUUUAUGGGUUCAAUUCCGUUAGGUUGCCAGCAGACACAAGUGAACUUGGUUUCUGGCUUUUCAUCUUCUGAUAACAAUGCGAAUUCUUGGUGCUUCAGAAGGGACCUUACCUGCUCUGGAAAACCCCAACAUUAUUCCUUAUUUAUAAACUGUGGGGGACGUAGGAUGACCUUUGAGAAUAAUGACUAUGAAGAAGACUUAGCACUUGGAGGGGCAUCUACUUUUAUUCAUGCAUCAGAAAAAUGGGCUUACAGCAGUACUGGAGUUUUUAUGGGCAAUGACAGUGCUGACUUCUUAGCAAGAAACAGUUUUAAUCUAAAUGUGACUGGUGCUGACUUUUACACUUCUGCCCGCCUUGCUCCUAUAUCACUCAAGUACUAUGGCCUGUGUAUGCGACAGGGCAGCUAUAAAGUGCGGCUUCACUUUGCUGAAAUUAUGUAUUCUGAUGAUCAGACAUUUAGUAGCCUUGGAAGGCGCAUAUUUGAUGUAUCAAUUCAAGGAAAUGUAGUUUUGAAGGAUUUCAACAUCAUGGAGAAAGCUGGAGGACCUGGCAUUGGCAUUUUCAAGGAAUUUGAUAAUGUAUUUGUUAAUGGUACCACUUUAGAGAUACAUUUGUACUGGUCAGGCAAAGGUACCACUGCAGUUCCAGAUAGAGGUGUCUAUGGACCUCUUAUAUCAGCCAUUACAGUGACACCAAACUUUGAGGUUGAUGAUGGUGGGGGCUUAUCUGCUGGGGCUAUUGUUGGCAUUGUAGCUGCUUCCUUGGUACUAAUCAUGUUAAUCUUGAUAGUCCUCCGACUGAAAGGUUACUUGGGAGGGAAAGAACCUGUAGAUAAAGAACUUCGUGGAUUAGAUCUCCAAACUGGUUAUUUCACUUUAAGACAAAUUAAACAUGCUACCAACAAUUUUGAUGCAGCAAAUAAGAUUGGAGAGGGAGGUUUUGGGCCAGUGUACAAGGGUGUGCUCUCUGAUGGUGUGGUCAUCGCUGUUAAGCAGCUCUCUUCCAAAUCAAAACAAGGGAACCGUGAAUUUGUGAAUGAGAUAGGCAUGAUAUCUGCCUUGCAGCAUCCUAAUCUUGUGAGGCUUUAUGGCUGCUGCAUUGAGGGAAACCAACUGUUGUUAGUUUAUGAAUACUUGGAAAACAACAGUCUUGCUCGUGCACUUUUUGGUCCCGAGGAGCGAAGGCUCCAAUUAGACUGGCCAACAAGAAAGAAGAUACUGUUGGGUAUUGCAAAGGGAUUAGCUUAUCUGCAUGAGGAAUCGAGACUGAAAAUUGUACAUAGAGACAUAAAGGCUACUAAUGUACUUCUUGAUAUGGAACUAAAUGCUAAGAUAUCAGACUUUGGUUUGGCUAAGCUUGAUGAAGAAGAGAACACUCAUAUCAGUACACGAAUAGCUGGAACAAUAGGGUACAUGGCUCCAGAAUAUGCAAUGAGGGGUUACUUGACAGAUAAAGCAGAUGUUUACAGCUUUGGAGUUGUUGCUUUGGAAAUUGUCAGUGGGAAAAGCAACACCAAUUACAGACCAAAAGAGGAGUUUGUUUAUCUUCUUGAUUGGGCCUAUGUGCUACAAGAGCAAGGAAACCUUCUAGAACUAAUGGACCCGAGUCUAGGAUCAGACUACUCAAAAGAAGAGGCAAAGAGAGUGCUUAAUCUGGCUCUAUUAUGCACUAAUCCAUCUCCAACACUAAGGCCAUCCAUGUCUUCUGUAGUGAGUAUGGUGGAGGGAAAAAUUCCAGUACAAGCUCCGAUAAUCAAGCGCGGUUCAGUAGACCAGGAUGCAAGAUUUAAAGCCUUUGAGAUUCUCUCACAGGACAGCCAAACUCACAUAUCCAGUUUCUCUCAAGAUAGUCAAGCUCAAAGAAGCAUAUCGAUGGAUGGACCAUGGGUAGAUUCGUCAAUUUCUUUGCCAAGUAAUGAUGUGUCACAAGACCAUUCAUCAAGCAGGCUUCUUAAGGAUCUUUAUGAUGUUAAAUUGGAGUAAGGAAGGAAUAUAAUCGAUGAAUAAUGACUUCAUUAAGUAUGUAUAUUCAAGGAGAUAGAUAGGAAGAUUUGUAUUUUUAUUUUUUUUUAUUUUUAUUAUUAUUAUUUUUUUUGUUUCCAUUAUAAAAAUAUGUUGGUUCUUGGGUAAUUUUUGCAGAAAUCAUGAGAAUUAAUUAUGUGUGUA